AUGUCCACAGCUUUGGCUUCGACCAGAACUUCUCAGCGAAGAUCACUCUCGUCAUUUUCGGCUACGUCAACAUCUUUCUCACAUGCCAUAGGCAGCAUUGAUAGUAGUAAGCCUGCAGUAGUCAUUGAAAUAGGAACAAAUUUGACGAAAUGUGGAUUUGCUGGAGAUAAAGUACCCAGAAUUGUGAGGACGCAGUUUAGAGAUGAAUUACUUCAAGUCCACAAAAACUUGAUUGACGAGAAUGGUACUACCAUUCAACCGAAUAUUAAAAAUAUUUUCAAGUUUUUCAAGUAUCUGUUUUAUAAUGUUUUAAUUACAAUGCCCCGAGAACGAAGAGUCAUAAUUGUGGAAAGUGUUUUCACUCCAACUGAAUUGCGCCAAGCAAUAUGUAAGGUUCUUCUUGAAAUAUUGCAUGUUCCUUCUGUGUUGUUCAUGCCGAGUCAUCUAUGUGCAACUUUCCCAUUCAACACGAAAAAUGCUCUUGUGUUGGAUGUAGGUAUCAAGGAGAGCUCUGCCAUUCCUAUCGCCGAAGGAGUUACAAUGCUUAAUAACUGGGAAAUUUCCAAAGUAGGAUACAGUCUCUUGGCUAACCGUGUAAAGGAGCUCAUGUUUGAAUUUGGUCGCAUCAUCGAAAUCGACGGUAAUGAGAGAGUUUUAUCAGAAGAGGAUUGGCAGCAUGUUGUGGAUUAUGACAUUCUGGAGGAAAUCAUAUGCAGGUCCUUGUUUUGUACUUCAAAGGAACGAAGCCUGUUGAUUCAGAAGGGAGAAGAAGCUUUACUGGAUCCAGUUCCUGUUUCCUAUGAAAUCCCGAUCAAAACAGAAAGCCUAAAAGUUCCUGGAAUCGUGAGAGAAACUGCUUGUGAAGUUUUCUUUGACAAGAACUCAGAAGAUGAUCCACCUCUACAAAUCCUGUUGAAUCGUUUGAUCGACAAGCUUCCCAUCGAUCUCCGCCGUCAGAUGUUCAGUGGUAUAUUAGUUACAGGAGGUGUUUCACUCAUACCAGGAUUUCUAUCGAGACUGAAGGAAGAGUUGAUACUGUGCACAAGCGAGAAGGAGAACAAAGCUAACAAUGUUGUUAAGUUUUAUCAUUUUGCUGGUCAAUCAACAUCAAUGUAUCUAAAUUGGCUGGGAGGAAGUCUUUUUGGAAGCCUUCAAGAAGCAGUUCAGCUUCGAUCAUUAACUAGAGAUCAAUGGCUCAGCAAUGCCACCGUUCCAGACUGGACUGACUAUGUGGAGCAUGGUUAUCAGUGCGGGAAGCUAGAAGUCUAG